ACCAAAUAUACAUAAUAUAAACGUCAUCAUAGCUUAUAGCCAUACGUCAGAUGAUUUUAACCAGCACAUCAGUUUUAGAAUAGUAAUUAGUUUUCCAUGUGUAUAUAGAAUCUGUAACGAAAUAAAACGAAAUGGGUGAAGUUUCCAUUGAUGUUUCUGGCCAGAUGGCUGCUCACCCGAUGGCCCCACCGAAGAGCGGAAUCGCCAGCUACUUCAAUCUUCCCACGCAAAUGCCUGAUCCAAAGGAGUGGUUCGCACAACAGAGGCAGAAUGUCAGGCCUUGGCUGUUGUUCCUACAGACCUCAAACUUUAAAGCUCCUCCAUCCAUCCCACGCUUAAGUCGUAGGAUUAUGAGGAACAUUGAGUAUUUCCAAGGAAACUAUCUAUAUGUAUUCUUAGGAUUAAUCGCUUAUUGCCUGAUUACAUCUCCGUUAGUAUUAAUCGCGAUGGCUGGAUCAUUGUACGUCUGUUACAAACUGUCGCAGCGGCAUCAGGAGCGCAAAUUCGUGGUCAUGGGAAAGGAACUCACUUUGGCGCAGCAAUAUGGGCUGGUUUCUCUGUGCUCAAUUCCGAUUUAUUACCUCGUGGGCGCGCAUGGUGCAAUGUUCUGGGUCUUGGGCGCUUCUUUUACAGUUAUAACUCUGCACGCGGCAUUCUACAACAUCGACGCUUUGGUCAAUGACGAGGAUAACUUCGGGUUAUUGCAGGACGUUUAAAUCUCAAUCCAACAACAACAAGAAAAAAAAACUCGUUUUAAUGAAGCACAAAACAUACUUUUGUAAAUACUAGAAAACUGUAUGUAUUUUAUAUGUAUAAAAUAAGUUAAAGAACCAA